AUGGCAGGAGUAAACCGCUGCAUAAAGUAUUCCAUGUUCAUCUUCAACUUCUUAUUUUGGGUAUUUGGCUGUGUUGUUUUGGGUGUUGGUAUAUGGAUACGUGUUCGCAGUAAUCAAGAGGACGUGCAGGUUCAGGUGGCAUUUGCAGGAAUUGAUCUACUAAUAGCAGUGGGCUGCAUCAUCAUGGUCCUAGGAUUUCUAGGGUGCUGUGGUGCCAUAAAGGAAAGCCAGUGCAUGCUGCUUAUGUUUUUUAUUGGACUACUUCUGAUCCUGAUUCUUCAGAUUGUAACAGGUAUUUUAGCAGCAGUGUACAAACCUCAGAUUGCAACAGCCUUUAGCUCGAUCAUCUCAGCCAAUGUUGAUCUAUUGCAAAGCUCUUCUGAAGAAGGAAAAGUGUAUCAAGAGAAUUUUCAGAUAUUUCAGAACGAGUAUCAAUGCUGUGGUUUGCUGAAUGGGCCGGAAGACUGGGGAAAAAACUUUAAUGUUCCUAUUAAUAACCAAAAAGUCUGUGAAUGUGCAGUAGAGAAGCAAUCUACAGACCUCUGCACCUAUUAUCGAGACAGAUACAUUUAUAAAACGUAUUGUGGAAAUAAACUAAUCAGCAUGAUUGAAGAAAAUAUGAUCAUAAUUAUGGGAUUGACAUUUGGAGUUGCAGUUAUUGAGGUUCUUGCUUUGGCGUUUUCUAUGAGCCUGUACUGCCAGAUCAAGAGAAAAUGA